CCCGUGCAGCCGACGUAGCGUCUGGCAUGCCGACUGCCGAACGAAAAAAACACUAUGGCCUCGGCAAACACUUCCAUCCGUUGCUUGGACGGUCUAUUACUCCCCUGCUGGCGUCCUCUGGAUAACGUACAAUUUUUAGAUCGCGCCGGACGUGGAUUCGUUUAUUUCUUAGCCCUCGCAUACCUUUUCAUCGGCGUUUCAAUCAUUUCAGAUCGCUUUAUGGCUGCAAUCGAAGUGAUUACGUCUCAAGAACGUGAAGUCUCAGUUAGAAAACCGAAUGGGGAUACUCAAAUUGUUGUGGUAAGGAUGUGGAAUGAAACUGUCGCUAAUUUGACUCUGAUGGCUUUGGGAUCCAGUGCUCCAGAAAUUCUGCUUUCUGUUAUCGAAAUUUACGCCAAAAAUUUCGAAGCUGGAGAACUUGGACCUGGUACUAUCGUGGGUUCAGCUGCUUAUAACCUCUUAGUAAUAAUCGCUAUAUGUGUAUCAAUGAUUCCCGAGGGAGAAGUUAGAAGAAUUAAACAUCUUGGUGUAUUUUUCGUAACUGCCACUUGGUCUAUAUUCGCUUACGUUUGGUUGUAUCUAAUUCUAUGUGUAUUCUCACCAGGAAAGGUUGAAAUAUGGGAAGGCUUACUAACAUUCUCUUUCUUCCCAUUAACAGUACUAACAGCUUACGCAGCUGAUAGAAAGAUGUACAAAUAUAUCAGCAAAGAUUACAGAAUGAACAGGCGUGGAGUAAUAGUUCAAGCAGAAAGAAACAAUUUAGAAAUGGGUAAUUCUGAACUACUAGCCCUGGACGAUGUUCAUGAAGAUAUCAAACAAGAAUAUAUCAACACAUUAAAAGAAUUACGACAUCAAAACCCCCACGCCGAUCUAGGCGUACUAGAAAAAAUGACUCACGAAAUUCUUUUAAACAGAGGUCCAAAAUCUAGAGCUUUCUAUCGAAUUCAAGCUACAAGGAAAUUCAUUGGUAGCGGUGAUCUAUUAAGAAGGAUAUCAGAAAGAGCGCAAAGUGACUUGAGUGAAGUUAAAGCUGAAUUGCAAAGAGAAUCCGGUGCAGCCGAGUACAAUCAAACGGCUUGCCGGGCUUACUUCGAGCCUUCCAAGUAUACGGUGCUAGAAAGUUGCGGUAGAUUCGAAGUAAGGAUUGUUAGAGUUGGGAAUAUCGACUGUCCGUUAACCGUUGAAUAUACUACUGAAGAUGGUACCGCACAAGCCGGUAGUGAUUAUGUAUCUGCUAAAGGAAGUGUGCAUUUUGGGGCUGGAGAAAAAGAAAAAAGAAUUCGAUUGGAAGUCAUCGACGACGAUGUCUUCGAACCCGACGAACACUUUUACAUUCGGUUAUGCUCCUCUCAACCGACGGGCAGUUUAGGAACUCCGGUUUUAGCCACAGUGAUCAUCCUAGACGAUGAUCACGGUGGCUUUUUCAAAUUCGAAGCCCAAAACCACGAGAUCGUCGAAAGUAUAGGACAGUACGAUUUAAAAGUGAUCAGGUGUUCGGGAGCAAGAGGUAAGGUCAUCAUCCCCUAUUGGACUGAAGACGGUACUGCCAAACACGGAAAAGAAUAUCAAAAACAAGAGGGCCAAUUAAUAUUCGAUAACAAUGAGUCUGAAAAAAGUGUCCCAUUGACGAUAAUAGAAGAAGACAGUUAUGAAAAAGACGUCUUGUUUUACGUACAAUUAGGAGAACCUCAAACGACAGGUGAUGAAUUAGCCACCCUAGCAGAAGAGGCCGAAAAGAAACAUCCCGACGAGAGGACCGAUAGAGAAAAAAUUGCGCUUUUAGGAAAGCCGCGAUUGGGUGAUAUAAUUCGAGCUCAAGUUAGGAUCAAGGAGAGUAAGGAAUUUAAGAAUACGGUAGAUAAACUAGUGCAACGUGCCAACGCGUCCAUUUUGAUAGGAACCUCUUCCUGGAAGGAACAAUUCAUCGAAGCACUGACUGUGAGUUCGAGCGACGAAAAUGUAGAUGAAAAACAACCGUCCAAGUUAGAUUACGUGAUGCACUUCCUGACUGUUUUCUGGAAAAUUAUUUUCGCAUUUGUUCCUCCUACAGAUAUGUUGAAAGGCUAUCUGUGCUUUGUGGUGUCCAUUUUUUGUAUAGGAGUUGUAACUGCAGUGAUAGGAGACGUAGCUUCACAUUUCGGGGCUACACUCGGAAUCAAAGACGCAGUAACAGCGAUUGUUUUUGUGGCUUUAGGAACAAGUAUACCAGAUACGUUUGCUAGUAAAGUGGCUGCCAUCCAAGAUAAAUACGCAGACGCUAGUAUUGGAAAUGUUACGGGAAGUAAUGCCGUCAACGUAUUUUUAGGCAUCGGUGUAGCCUGGUCAAUAGCUGCCAUUUAUCAUCAUGUCAAUGGAAAUGUCUUCCACGUUGAUCCUGGCAAUCUUGCCUUUUCCGUUACGAUUUUCUGUACGGAAGCUGUUCUCGUUAUCAUCGUUUUAGUACUAAGACGGUCGAAAUUCAUUGGCGGAGAACUAGGAGGACCCGUUUGCAUGAAAUAUUUAACGUCGGCCGUUUUUUUUUCCAUGUGGUUACUGUACCUCGUUAUGUCGUCAUUGGAAGUUUAUGGAGUUAUUCAUGGUUUUUAGAUGCGAUGUACCGAAAUAUUGUUAUGUAUAAGUGUAAAACAUGUUUUUUGUUUAUGUUUAGCCUGUUCGUU